UUCUCGCCGCUCGUCUGACGUCGGGUGACAAGUUUUUGUGUGAUUUUUGUCCGAGUUCGAAUCGCGUCGUGUUUUGCUUGCGCAAAUUGUGUGAAAUUCCAGUGAUUUCGUCGGGUAAAUUUUAGUGAAUCGUUGCGGGAAAAAGCGGUGGAUUAGCGAGCAGACCAGCAACAAUGGCAAUGCUAGAAGGCACCCUCUCCAAGUGGACGAACGUAAUGAAGGGAUGGCAGUAUCGUUGGUUCGUGCUGGAUGAGUAUGCGGGGCUGUUGUCCUACUACACGUCUAAAGAAAAAAUGAUGAAAGGUGUUCGUCGGGGCUGCGUGCGAUUAAAAGGAGCCGUCAUUGGAAUAGACGACCAAGAUGUCAACACAUUCACCAUCACCGUAGAUCACAAAACGUUCCAUUUCCAGGCAAGAGAUGCUGACGAACGCGAAAAAUGGGUCCGCCGGCUGGAGGAUACCAUCCUUCGGCACGCCAACCGAAGUCGGGCCCUCUGGGAUCAACAGUACAGCGGUGGCAGCAGUAGCUAUUCCCACGGCACGCCCGGAUCCAGCACAAAGCGAACCAACAAUCUGGUGUUGUUCGACAAGAAAGUAAGCGAAGCGGAUGCUUACUUGCAACUGAUGAUCGAGCACACAGCGAAAAUUGACAACAGGAUACAAUCGCUGGGCGAAUGUGACGAAGCUCAAAAACUGAAAACUAUUUACGAGCACGCAAAUGCAAUGCUUGAUAACAUCAAGCACUCCAUAGUGCUUCUUCAGAUAACGAAGAACACGGCUAAUCCAAUCAACGGUAUCUAUCAGGGGCCGAUCGUGAGUAAAUCGGAAACGGAAACCGAAGCCAGCGAUAUCGACGUACUGUCCGUCCCAACACCCGGCUUGGUGCAGACUGGAAUAGAAGUGGGCUCCGAAUGCAGAGAAAACCGGCGACGCAGCAAUAUCACACAUUCCUCAAUUGCUGUUCCGGAAACUUCCUACUCCAGCUCGGAGGGAGAGGACGAUUUCUUCGACGCAAACGAUGAUCCAUUCACCUCUAGUCAACUGAACACUCCGACAAGCAAUACACGAACACUAUCCGAUCCAGCUGCACGCUUGUCCGCCGAGGAGCACUUUGCUACUGCCGAAGAUAACACAAGCAAUAGCGUAUCACACAAAAAGCAAGACAGUCUCGAAACAUCCACCGCUUCUGUCAUCCCGAAUGACCUGAGUCAUGGAGCGCACGCCAGCUCGCGGAAAUCCUACGACUCCAAAUCGCUGCCAAUACGAAACGAUGGAAGUCUGGACUACGAUGCCUUAUACGAAGACGAAUCGGACAACGAUCUGUCGAUGGAAUCGCACGGUUCCGUGGUCACACAUCUGCUCUCGCAGGUGAAGAUCGGCAUGGAUCUGACGAAGGUCGUACUGCCAACGUUCAUCCUAGAGCGGCGGUCGCUGCUGGAAAUGUACGCGGACUACUUUGCUCACCCGGAUCUGUUCCUGCGGAUUGCCGACCUGGACGAUCCACGCGAACGGAUGAUUCAGGUCGUUCGGUGGUACCUCAGCGCGUACCACGCCGGCCGGAAGAGCUCCGUCGCCAAGAAACCGUACAAUCCUAUCCUCGGUGAAAUUUUCCAGUGUCACUGGGACACGCCCGAUAUGCCCACCGGAGACGACAGUUCCAACAUCGAAGUCAAGGAUGGUCCAGUGCCAUGGUGCCGAAAGGAUCAAUUAACGUUUAUAGCCGAACAAGUCUCGCACCAUCCUCCAAUUUCAGCGUUUUAUGCUGAGCACUACAACAAGAAGAUUAGCUUUUCGGCCCACGUGUGGACGAAAUCGAAAUUCCUUGGGCUGUCGAUCGGAGUGCACAACAUUGGCCAAGGCACCGUGACGCUGUGUGAUCUAAAUGAGGAGUAUAUAGUCACCUUUCCAAACGGUUAUGGCAGGUCCAUUUUGACGGUGCCGUGGAUUGAGCUGGGCGGUACGGUUACCAUCACAUGCCCGCAGACAGGUUAUCACGCCGAUAUCGAUUUCCUCACGAAGCCUUUCUACGGUGGGAAGCGGAACAAAAUCCAGGGCGAGAUCUACAGCCCCAACGAAAAGAAGUCUUUCCUCUCGAUCGCCGGUGAAUGGAGCGGCCUAAUGGAGUACAAAUUCAACGACGGCAGCAAACCGUCCAAGUUCGAGACGUUCGUCGACGUGAACAGUAUACCGAUCUUCAAGAAGAAGGUACGCCCCGUAGCCGAACAGACGGAAAACGAGUCUCGAAACGUGUGGAAGGAGGUCACUGCCGGAUUGAAGAUGAACGAUAUCGACAAAGCAACGAAUGCAAAGUUUCAGGUCGAACAAAAGCAGCGUGUUGAAGCACGCGAACGGAAGGAAAACAGUGGAGAAUGGGAAAAUAGGUAUUUCAAAUCAGUUGGUGAAUCGUGGAUCUACAAUAAUCCACUGCUGCAUAGACUUACACUGGAGAGACGUGAUAGCAAAAGAUAGCAAUCCAACGAUGGGAGCUGUGCUAGUUCUAGCAGAAAUAGGCAAUAAAGGUAACAUUAGUAGCGCUAACAACAGUUGUUAUAAAAAUGUGACGGGUUAAGCGAAUCAGUAUAAUCCCCCUCCUUUCCCCCUAUCAUCGAUUUUCGAAAUGGUGAUAAGCAAACGGAAAUAUGUAAGUGUUACAUCAGGCUGCGCUGUCGGUCGCUGACCGUGCAAGAAUUGAUUAUCUACGGUUUACUAACUUCUAUAAACCCCGAAUCGAAACAGUUACUAAAGCUCACAAUUGCACCUUAGUUCACAGUACCUUCUAGUGAAAGCGUCAUUUACAACUAUUAGCUAUAUUCUGAUGAUGACCACCAACAACAGAGUAACAUUAGAUAUAUCGUCUAUGUAUUUGCAAGCUACAAUCCUCGAAACCGGUUUCUGUUUUUCGUUGUGUACUAAAGUUAGCUCAACUUUUUGUUAAAGAUGAACUUUGCAUCAAUACAACUCAGGUCAUGACAGCACCUUCUCGGAAUGCAAUGAAACUUGGCUUUUGAUGUUUCUUCAAAUCGGUGUGAAACUGGAAAUUCUAAAGAAGCUGAUCAAACAGUACGUGCUCCGCAAUUUCUUCAAUAGCCGCAUACUCU